UAUUUGACAUGUUUAACAUCAUCAAGAUCGCAGACGGAUAAACUUGCAUUUGAUGUGGGACUACGAGAAAAUGCAGCAGGUGAAGCAUGCUGGUGGACAAUACACCCUGCUUCUAAACAAAGGUCAGAAGGAGAAAAAGUUCGAAUAGGUGAUGAUCUUAUCCUGGUCAGUGUGUCCUCUGAAAGAUACCUGCAUCUCUCCAUGUCAAAUGGAAGUAUUCAAGUGGAUGCCUCCUUUAUGCAGACGCUAUGGAAUGUACAUCCUACAUGCUCAGGAAGCAAUAUCACAGAAGGUUAUCUUCUUGGUGGGCAUGUAGUACGUUUUUUCCAUGGCCAUGAUGAGUGUUUGACAAUUCCACCUACAGAUCAGAAUGAUUUACAGCACAAGAAAGUACUUUAUGAAACUGGAGGAGCUGGUGUUCGAGCAAGGUCUUUGUGGAGAGUAGAACCUCUACGAAUAAGCUGGAGUGGAAGUAACAUCAGAUGGGGACAGCCUUUCCGUCUUCGACAUAUUACAACAGGAAAGUACUUGGCUCUGAAUGAAGAUGAAGGACUUGCCAUGUUAGAUAGAGAAAAGUCAGACACAACGUCUACUGCCUUUUGUUUUAGAGCGUCAAAGGAGCUAAAAGAAAAGCAGGAUUCUAGUCUUAAACGUGACAUAGAUGGAAUGGGAGUCCCAGAAAUAAAGUAUGGUGAUUCAAUCUGUUUUGUCCAACAUGUGGCCAGUGCCUUAUGGUUGACUUAUAAAGCACAAGACGCUAAAUCAGCACGUUUAGGUCCCUUGAAAAGAAAGGUUAUAUUACACCAAGAAGGCCAUAUGGAUGAUGGUCUAACCUUACAAAGAUGUCAGCAUGAGGAAUCCCAGGCUGCUCGAAUCAUUCGCAAUACUACAAGCUUAUUCAGCCAGUUUCUAAGUGGAAACAACAGAACACUGUUACCCACUGCCCUGCCUGUUGAGGAGAUGGCUCAGACUCUGCAAGAUCUAAUUACUUACUUCCAGCUUCCUGAAGAAGACCUGGAACAUGAAGAUAAGCAAAGCAAGCUUCGGUCACUCAAAAACAGACAAAAUCUAUUCAAAGAAGAGGGAAUGCUGGCACUGGUUUUGAAUUGCAUUGAUCGCUUAAAUGACUACAACAGCUCAGCUCAUUUUGCAGGAAUUGCAAGAGAAGAACAUGGUACAGCAUGGAAAGAAAUUUUGAAUCUCCUUUACGAAUUGUUAGCUGCUCUCAUUCGUGGCAACAGAAACAAUUGUGCUCAGUUUUCCAGUAACCUCGACUGGCUAAUAAGUAAAUUGGACAGAUUAGAAUCCUCCUCAGGUAUUUUGGAAGUGUUGCACUGCAUCUUGAUUGAAAGCCCAGAAGCUUUAAAUAUAAUAGCUGAGGAGCACAUAAAAUCCAUUAUUUCAUUGUUGGAUAAACAUGGGCGCAAUUACAAGGUUCUUGAUGUGCUUUGCUCUCUCUGUGUCUGUAAUGGAGUUGCAGUUCGAGCCAAUCAAAAUUUGAUCUGUGACAAUCUGCUGCCUAGAAGAGACUUGCUCUUGCAAACACGUUUGAUUAAUGAUGUGACAAGCAUAAGGCCAAACAUAUUUUUAGGUGUUGCUGAGGGCUCUGCACAAUACAAGAAGUGGUACUUUGAGUUAAUAAUUGAUCAGGUUGAUCCAUUCUUGACGGCAGAACCCACCCAUUUGCGAGUUGGAUGGGCCUCUACUUCAGGUUAUGCCCCCUACCCUGGAGGUGGAGAGGGAUGGGGAGGUAAUGGUGUUGGUGACGACCUGUACUCUUAUGGUUUUGAUGGCCUUCAUCUGUGGUCUG